AUGCUGUUUGUAGAUGAUCUCGGCUACGGCGACUUGGGCUUCACUGGCCACCCAACUACGCAGACGCCAAACAUCGAUGCGCUGGCACACGGCGGCCGCGUACUCUCGACAUGGUACAGCGGAUGCCCCGUGUGCUCCGGGUCUCGAGCUGCCCUCAUGACGGGUCGUCAGUUUGCGCGCAUCGGUGUACCCGGUGUGUUCUCCCCCACUGGCAAUACAGGACUUCCCCUGAACGAAACCACUGCUGCUCAGCAGCUCAAGCAAGCCAACUAUGCCACAGCCAUUGUCGGCAAAUGGCACCUGGGCCAGCGCUCCAUGUACUUGCCAGGUGCCCGUGGCUUUGAUCGCUAUUUGGGCAUCCCUUACUCUGAUGAUAUGGGCGAGGCUCGUGACUACUUGCCUCUCGUCAAGCAAAUGGGCGAUGGCAAAACCACCAACACCACCAUUCUUGAACAGCCACUGGACUUUUCCGCCUUGGCCCAGCAUUACUCGGACUUUGCCACGGUGAGGCCACUCGACGAUUCCCGAAUUCUCCGUCAGGCACGCCUCGCUUCUUCUGACUCUAGCACCAUUGUGGGGACAUUCAUCAAAGAUAACAAAGAGAAUCCUUUCUUCCUCUACAUGCCUUUCAGGUGUGACAUGGCUGUCUCGCCCCACUCGACUUUGGCCGCGAUGUCGUCCAGCAGCCUAAAACUCACUCGCCUUGACAGCCAUGUGCAUACCACAGCCGCCAAUCAGCCCGAAAAGCAAUAUGCAGGCUGUCAGUUCAAGAACACGUCUCGCCGCGGUAUGUUUGGCGACGCCCUUGCCGAAGUUGACUGGCAAGUGGGCGAGAUCAUGUCCACAUUGAAGGAACAAGGCCUGGAAAACAAUACUCUGGUGCUCUUCGCCUCGGACAACGGUCCCUGGAUGAUCCAGAAUGCCAGCGCUGGCAGUGAAGGCCUUUUCACUGGCCGCACCUCCAAUUAUUGGAACACGGGCAAGGGAAGCACCUGGGAAGGUGGCAUCCGCAUGCCCGCUUUUGCCUACUGGCCCAAUGUUGUGCCAGCCACCACGCGCACUCCAGAAAUGGUUUCAAGCUUGGACUUUGUCCCGACCAUUAGUCGCUUAGCCGGAGUGCCGCUGCCCUCUGAUCGCAUUUACGAUGGUCGCGACAUGCUGGACGUCCUUCUAGGCAAUGGUACCACACCACACGAGACGCUGUUCUUUUAUCGUGAUCAGUCAGGCCCCAUGGCCAUGCGCUAUGGCCCUUGGAAAGCACACUUCCGUACAGCACCUGGACUGGGUGGCUGCAAUCAGCCUGAUUGCCACACCAAGACCUAUAACCCGCCCCUUCUCUUCAACGUGGAGGUGUGUCCCUAUUUUCUGGCUUGGUUUGCAUGA